AUGAGAAGAGAACGCGAAGAGCUGCAGGAGAGAGAAGCAGAAAGGUUAGAAGUUAAGGAAAGGAAGAAGGUGGAAGCUGUCAAGGAAGAGAGCUUGAAACUUGAGGAGAUGAAACAAGAAGCUUUGGGAGCAAGAAACGAAACUGAAGAGAUGAAUAGAAAGAUAGAGAGAUUGAAGAAAGAAACUAAUGAUGCAAUGAUAGCUGAAGAGGAAGCUGAGAAGAGGUUAGAGCUUGUUAUAAGAGAAGUGGAAGAGGCUAAAGCAGCUGAAGAGAAGGUGAAGGAGGAGAUGAAGAUGAUAUCUCAGAAGCAAGAGAGCAAGAAACAAGAUGAAUCCUCUGGUUCAAAGAUUAAAAUCACAGUGGAGCAGGGGAGACAGAGAGUGCAAUGGAGAAGCAGUUGGGAGAUAUAG